AUGACAACCAUCGUAAUCCCAACCAGCACUUCGGUCACCGAAUCCGCCGUCAUCAACGCCCCCCUCUCCACCGUCUGGCACCUCAUCAAGCUUAACUCCUUCCCAGAAUGGUGGUCUGCCCUUCAAUCCAGCGAGAGCGUCAAGGGUGUUUCCGAUGAAACCGAUGUCUACAAAUGGACUUUCAAAGAUGGUACCGUCGUUGAAAUCAAGCAAGAAGCUCAUUCCGCAAUCGACCACUACAUCACCUACUCCGCCAUCUCCUCCAACCCAGCGACAACCUACUCCUCAGUCAUCUCCACCGUCCGUCUCUUCCCCAUCACCUCGGGCCAACACCAAAGCAGCACUUUCGUCCAAUGGAGUGCCAAUUUCAGCGGUGAUGCCGAUGCUGGCGUCAUCCAAGAUGCUAGGUAUAAACGUCAAGAAGGUUUGGCUGAUUUGGCCAGGAAGGUUGGGAAAUAA